AUGAGCAAGCUUAACUCCUUAAGACCAUUUUUAUUCACAGAGAUAUAAAAAAGUGGAAUCAUUUAAAUUUUAGGCGAAGAUUUAACUUAAGUAAAUAAGUAUUUAGAUAUUCCAAUAGUCAAUAACUACAAAUUCCUUGGAAGCUUCAUCAGCCCAUACAGAUAUCUAAUUAUUGAGAGUUCUUUACAAAAUAUGAUAACUUACUAGUAAAAACUUUGUAGAGCUAUAAAAAGACUUUCUGUUUAGGAAUCCAUUAAUAUCAUUCAAUCCUUCAUCUUAGGCCAAUUAAUGAUUAAGUUUCUUCCCAUUUACAUGGUAGGAUAUAUAAAACUAGAUCAGAUGCAAACAAUAUAUUAAGACAAUUUAAAGAGAGCAUUGAUAUAAUUGAAAAUAAACGACAAUAAUUUAAAAUUUGAAAAACACUCAUUGCAGAGAUUCGACUUUUUACUAGCAAAUUUUGAACCCAAUCUUGAUUAAAUGGCCUUAAAUGAUGAAUCUUCAAUGAACUUAAUAUAAAAUCAGAUGUUUAAGUUCAAAGACAUUCAGUUAUCAAAGUAUCAUAUCAAAGUUCUAAACCUAUAAACUAGCAUUUGGCUUAUUAAUGAAAUGUGUGUUAGAUGCAAAGAUCACAAUCAGCCUUUGGGAAGAGGUCACUUAUGUGAUGCAGAACUAGUUUCCCUAAGAGUACCAUUUCUGGUAAAAGACAUAUUCAAUUUGAAUGAAAUUUAAGCUGCAAUUUUAAUUGAAAAAGUAUACAUAAGACUCAAAGAGAUUGGAAAAUUCGAAUAUUAUAGAGUCGAUAAUUUGGAAGAACAAUACAAGAAUAUCAUAAUUGAAGUAAUUGAUUUUUACAGGAAAAAAACUGCCACGAAAUACAGAAAAAAAUAACACAACCCAAAUUAAAAUAAUUUUAUUAAAAUUUUUUGA